AUGGCUGUGGUACUGCUAGAGGAUUGGUGCAAGGGGAUGGACCUGGACCCCAGGAAAGCCCUGCUGAUUGUGGGGAUCCCGGUGGAGUGUAGCGAGGCUGAGAUCAGAGAGACCGUGAGGGCAGGUCUGCACCCGCUCGGUGCCCACAGGGUGCAGGGCAGGAUGUUCAGAAGGGAACAAAACACCAAGGUGGUCUUUAUCGAGUUGGCCGACGUGAUCGAUUACACCACCGUGCCCAGUCAUAUACCAGGCAAGGGGGGGCCCUGGGAAGUGGUGGUGAAGCCGCGGAACCCAGAUGACGAAUUUAUCAAUAGGCUCAACUACUUCCUGAAAGAGGAGGGCCGCCGGAUGGCGGACCUGGCCAUCACCCUGGGCUGCGGCGCGCUGGGGGCGGGCAUGGAGGCCGAGGGCUUGGGCCUGGUCGGGGGCCCCAUGCUGCCACCGCUGAGGGAGAACGCGUGGUACCGGAAACUGAAAGUGUUUUCGGGCAGUAGUGCCCCGGCCUCGGAGGAGGAGCACUUUGAGGGGUGGCUGGAGCAGAUCACCGAGGUGAUGGCGCUGUGGCACGUGCCCGAGGCCGAGAAGAGGCGGCGUCUGCUGGAGGGCCUGCGCGGGCCGGCCCUGGCCAUCAUGCGCGUGCUGCGGGCCAGUGGCGAGGCCACCACUGUGGAGCAGUGCCUGGAUGCCCUGAAGCAGAUCUUCGGGAGCAAAGAGGACUGUCGAACCUCUCAGGUUAAGUUCCUCCAGACCUUUCCCGAGGCUGGAGAGAAAAAUUCGGCUUUCUUGCUCCGCCUGGAGCCCUUGCUGCAGAAGGCAGUAAAGAACAGCCCGGUGUCGGCGCGCAACGCCGACACCAUCCGGCUGAAGCAAGUGCUGGCCCGGGCAGCCGUGACCCCCGCACUCCGCGGCAAGCUCGAGCUGCUGGACCGCAGAGGGUGUCCGCCCACCUUCCUGGAGCUGAUGAAGCUCAUUCGCGAUGAGGAGGAGUGGGAGACCUCCUUGGCAGUGACCAGGGAGAAGCAGCGGCAGGUGGGCAGGGGCCGCAGGGCCUCUGGCCGGCAGGCGGGGGAGGAGAACGGCCUGCCCCUGCAGGCGGCUGUGGCCAGGGGGCUGUUCCAGGACAGCAGCACCCAGACAGCCCAGGAAGGCUUGGGGCUGUCGUGGAAGCGCAGGCGGCUGCCCAGCUCCUGCAGUGGCGGGGAGGAAGACAACCAGGCACUGUGCCCCAUGGCCGAGAACCCACCUCUGGCCGAGCAGAGGCCUCAACUUGCAGUAGAGGAGUCGGGAAACGAGUUGGGGGCUGGGGCGAUGAGCCACCCCGAGCCCUGA